AUGUAUAUUGAUGAAGAACAUCGACGUUAUGGUGAUUUAACUAUACUCGAACCUAUCGUUGAACAGCGUGAUGAUGAGAUCGCAACAUCGCCAAUGAGUAACUCGAGUACAGGUACAAAUUAUCUUGAAGAACAACGACGAGCUCUUGAAGAAACUCAACAAUUUGAACAACUUGAAAAAGAAUUUGCUUCUAAUCGACGUGGUGUACGCGUUAAAUUUGAUGAUGAACAACGAUUACCAAUAACAAAAACAACUCAUAUUAAGACAGAACCUUGUUUUCAAGUUAAUUCUUCUGAAGAUCAAGUUACAAAACAUUUUUAUGAGAAUGAAUAUCAAUCGAAGAAUGAAAAGAAUAACUCAUAUUAUAGAGAAAUUUCAUCAAAAACACCCAGUGAACACGAUAGUCUAGAUGGAGAAUAUAUUCUUGCAUGUGAAGAAAAAGAUACACAUUAUGAACCAAAUGAAAAUUCUAAUGAAAUUCAUUAUAAAAUUACCGAUCAAGUUCCAUUGUCUUCUUCACCUAAUAAAUCUAUUCUUAAAAAAUCUCAAAAAAAAGAAAACCGAUCAGUGUUAAAAUCUACAAGAUCUCGUUCACCAUCACCUUCUUCGUCUUCUCUAAAGAAAAAACAAACAAAUUCACAACGUUCAGAAGUCAAUCAAGUUCAACAUCUUGCUGAAGCAACAGCCAAACAAACAUCAUCUCGAGUUUGUCCAGCUUCUCGUCGUUCUCUAUUUGAACCAACUGUCAAUAUAUUUGAUUCAUCGAAUUCAAAUUCUCAUCGUCAAUCUCGACUUCAAUACUAUAUUAAACCAUAUAGAGGAGAAACAUAUAUUCGUCCAAAUAUUAAUAAACAACAACCAAGAUCACUUUCAGAACAAAGAUUUUCACGACAAACAGAACCAACUGUUUGGCAUACUUUUUCAAAUCAAUUUAGUCGUCCAUUAAAUCGACGACAACAUAUUUCUUGGUCACCUGUUAGAGAAUAUAUUCAUCAAGGAAGAGAUAAAAUAGUUAAAAAUCCACCAAAAAAGAAUGAACUGUUUCCACCUUUAUUAACAGAACGUUCAUCAAGUAAUCCAUGUCUUCGAAGUGCCUCUCCUUCUAUGAUUCCAAUUCCAGUUCGUCAUCAAUCUUUUCAUCCAUUAUCAACAGAUUUAUAUGAAACUUCUUCUAUGAUUAAUUAUUCUUUAACACCUAAUUCACAGUAUGAAGAGAAGAAAGAAAUUAUAUUUGCACCUCCUGUAUCUGAUAUUGUACAUUCACAAAAUUUCGAACACAACGAAACUAUACAACGUUACGAUCGAUUAUUAGAAAAAAUGCGUGAAACAGACGAACAACUUCAAUUAUUAUCACGAUCAUGGAAAAAUAAUACAUAUAAAAAAACGUCUAAUCAAUUGGAUGUAUCAGUAAAGAAAACAAUAGAUAAGAAUGCAUUUUUUUCACCAACAAUACUUCAAAUAUGUCUUAUCAUUUUGGUAAUUUUUAAUUUAACUAUCGUUUACUUCUUCAAUGAAAUAAAUAUUUUCUGGAGUCAAUAUGUUACAAAUUCAGGAAUUCUUGAACAGCAAGAUGAAGAAACAACAUAUUUUUGA